AAUUAAUAGUGACCUUCAAAUUAAUCUUGUUUAAGCAGAUCAUUAUCUUCGCGAAUUCCUUUCAUUCUCCAUCAGCAAUGGCUCGGCCUCGCGUUUUUUUCGACGUCGCUUGCGAUGGUUCUCCUGCCGGCAGAAUUGUCAUGGAGUUGUUCUCCGACAUCGUCCCAAAAACUGCGCAAAAUUUUCGAGCCCUCUGCACUGGCGAGCAAGGCUUCGGUUACAAAGGCUCUAUCUUCCAUCGAAUCAUACCGAGCUUUAUGUGCCAAGGUGGCGAUUUCACGAAUAGGAACGGUACCGGCGGUAAAAGCAUUUAUGGAAACAAGUUUGCUGACGAGAAUUUUCAGCUCAAACACACCAAGCCGUUCCUCCUCUCUAUGGCAAAUGCUGGGCCAAACACUAAUGGCUCGCAAUUCUUCAUUACACUCGUCGCUACGCCAUGGCUCGACGGAAAGCAUGUUGUCUUUGGCGAGGUUGUCGAAGGGUCUGAUGUAGUCAAGGCCAUGGAAAACCUUGGCUCAUCUUCUGGCAAAACGUCCAAGGAGGUCACGAUUAUCGACUGUGGGAAUAUCUAA